GAGGGUCUGUUUUGUGUGCCGCCCGCUUCGGGAACAUGGCGACGCUGAAGGCUGUGUGCGUGAUGAAGGGAGACGGCCCCGUGCAGGGCGUCAUCCACUUCCAGCAGCAGGGGAAUGGACCAGUGAAAGUUACUGGAAAAAUCAGUGGCUUGGCUGAUGGAGACCAUGGCUUCCAUGUCCAUGAAUUUGGUGACAAUACAAAUGGAUGUACCAGUGCAGGCCCUCACUUCAAUCCUGAAGGCAAGCAACAUGGUGGACCAAGUGAUGCAGAAAGGCAUGUGGGAGACCUUGGCAAUGUGACUGCUAAAGGAGGAGUAGCAGAAGUGGCAAUAGAAGAUUCCAUCAUUUCUCUUAGUGGACCACAUAGCAUCGUGGGACGUACCAUGGUGGUCCACGAAAAAUGCGAUGAUCUGGGUAGAGGGGGAGAUAAUGAGAGCAAAUUGACUGGAAAUGCUGGACCCCGUUUAGCUUGUGGUGUCAUCGGAAUAGCCAAGAGCUAAGUGUUGUACCUGAAAUGUUUCAGAUGUUAGUGGUGAAUGGGCUGUAUUUCGUUGCAAAUGCUGUACUUGCCCUUUCUCAUGCAAAAGAUGUAUCACUUAAUAUCAUUACUACUUUGCAUUCUGAGUAUCACUUAAACUGGUGAAGACUGACUUAAUUUUGUAUGAUGUAUAUUGCAAUUAAAGUGACCCUGAUGGAAUGUCUCUGUAGUUUUCUACUGAAGCAUCUGAUGUAACCAUUAAGUACAAAUUGACUCACUGGAAUUCCUGCUCUUUGAAAUGGGAGGUGUGUGGUAGUGGGCAUGUUGUGAACACCAGAACCUCCACUGUACUGUGUGAUUUGGAGGAUUAGCCCUAGGAGCUUUGGCAAGGUUACUGAAGAGCAGGAGUUACUGUAUCUGCAUUGGGACUUCAUCCUGGCAGAGUUGCAGCAUCUGUAGGUUUCGAACUUGUGUAAUAAACUUUCUGGGCAAAUACA